AUGGAUGGACAAAUUUGUAAUGGCAGUGGAUUGUUUUGUGCUUUUGUUCUUCCAGAAAGCUCCAAGGUAAUAUUCAGUGCAGCACUCAGAGCAGGAGGCCAAGCAGUUGGAGUCUACGACACUGACACAACCUUGAUCUACAGAAAAGUGUUCACAAACAUUGGUAAAGCCUACAAUCCGUCCACAGGUGUCUUUAAAGCACCGGUUUCAGGUAUUUAUUACUUCACCUUCUUCUAUCAUGCUGGAGGAGAAGAAGACUCAAAGCUGACUCUCUACAAGAAUGACGAGGCCAUCGUCGGGGCAUAUGAUCACGAUUCGGAUAAUGACGCAACUGAUAAUGGAGGAAAUGCAGCGUUCCUGCAGCUGCAGUAUGGAGACCAUGUGUAUGUGACCCUGGGUGCACACUCACAUGUUUGGGGAUGUGACCUGCUGACAACUUUCAGUGGUUCCUUGGUCACUGAGCUGUAAGAAGCAAUCUGUCACGGCGAGUGAGAUGGGCCGUGUGGAGAUGAUAAAGGAGGAUCCAGUCGCAGGCACUCGUGAAGGUGAGAAGGUGGUUUAUUGAAUACAAAGCAAAUAGAGAAACGGCAAACGGGACAGGAGAGUAUCUAAACUGAGAACAACUAACCUACUGAACACAAACCAGGGCAUGAACAUGAAAGGGGAUGGACGGAGGUAAAUGACGGUUGACAGCAGGUAGAACACAGGAGAAGCAUGGUGGGUACACAGAUGAAGCAGGGUAGAUUCACAGACGGACCAGCAACUACAAACACAGAAGACACGACUUAAAUACACUCAGAGAAACACGGGGAGAUUACACACAGGUGGGGAACACAGCUGGGAAUAAUCAACAAGACAGGGGUAAAACUGAACACACUCACAUGAGACGCAGACCUUCACAAUAAAACAGGAACAAGAAACCAGAAAUAAGAAAUCACACUAAGACGCUGACUUGACACAGAGAGAGACAGAAAAUGACGCAUGGAACUAGACCUAUACUAAGCAGACACAACCGAAGAACAAAUCCUUAAAUAUGAACAAACAGAAACAUGGAACUCUAAUAAUAAACAUCAUCAUAAUCACCACCACCACCACCAGUAUACAGGAAUAAUCCAUCAUUCAAAAUCAAAACAUAACAACUCCAAAAUGCUGGGUCGAACCGACCCAGAACCGUGACACAAUCAAUGUAUGUGUAACAUGUAUGUGACACUAAAAAGGUAAAGCUAAUUUAAAGUUAAGUGUAUUAGAUGGAAUCAGCUUCUCUUGAGCUCAGAUGUGCCUCAGCAACUCCUUCACGUUUGCAUUUUAUCUGAGUGUUUUGAUUUUUUCUGAUUUGAUUUAAGUUCACCACUUUGUGUUUUCUGUGCUAUAUCACUCUAAUGUUUUUCUUUGGAUAUGUAAACACAUCGAAACAAGCUAUACAACUGAAGAUGACUUACCUCGCUUAAUCAUUUGAUACUUUGAAGACUGAUGUAAAGAAAAUGUGAAAUCACUAAAUAAAAGUAAGCAAUGCAUCUGCAACCAGUAUGUGUGAAGUCUUUCAUUUGGGUGUAGAUUUAAUGUCUUGCAAUGAUUCUGAUAUUUUUCCAUAAAAUGUGUAACUAUUUAACAUCAUUUGAACAUAACAUGCUUAACUUGAGUGCUUUACCUGAGUAUAGAUUCUACAUAUUUUUACUCUAUUAAGUAUUUCCAUUUUAUGCAUUAUUCAUAUGAUCAAGACAAAUGCACUAUAUUAAACUUUAUAUUAUACUCCAGUACAC